AUGACCACCCCCGGAGGUCCUCCGAGCGGCUCCUCUGCUCUUUUCAACCCGCACGUGCACGCCAUCCGCUACACGGGCGUGCGCAGCCGCGGCAGCAACCGUUGGAUCGCGGAGAUCAAGGACAACCAGCGCGGCGUGCGCAAGUGGCUGGGAACCUUCUCCUGCCCCGUGCAGGCCGCGCACGCCUUCGACGCCGCCGCCAGGGCCGUGCGCGGACCCAACGCGCGGACGAACUUCCGCGUGGGAGAAACCGCGGGCGUGCCUGGGACCGGGGGAAGCAGGUCGAGGCGGUGGAAGAAAGUCGCUGCUGACAGUAAGGCCGCUGCUCUGGCUGCUGCGGCUGCUCUGGAUGCAGAGGCUCAGAAGGGGGGGUCGGAGGGUGGUGGGGUGGGCGUGGGAGAGGAGAGUGCUGCGGUGUUUGCUGCUGCAAGUCCUGGCGUCGCUGCUGGUGCCUGGUCUCUGGGUGCUGCAGGGGGGAAUACGUCCUCAGGAAUGGCAUCCCAAGGCAACGCUGCCAAUGCGUCCCAUCAUGGCAUUGCCAUUGCCGCAUCACAAGACCAUGCGUCAGAGUCCCCACGGGAGUUGCCCCGAGAGCGAUGGGCGUUUGACUUGGAGGCCGUCCCACCCCGUGAUGAGGGCGAAGAGGACGCAGCAGUAGCGGCGGCGGUGGGGGAAGGAGAAAGAGAUUGCAGUAUGGACAAAGGGCUUGGCACUUGUACUACUGCGCAGCAAACCCAAGUUCCACGCGCACGGGCUGUCAAGCACAGCGCCAUCACAGCUCCCUUCCAUCUACAUCAUGGCGCAUCACCUCACACCCAAGCAUCACCUCUCUCCCACCCGUCACCGCUACCCCACCCAUCACCUCUCUCCCACCCGUCACCGCUACCCCACCCAUCACCUCUCUCCCACCCGUCACCGCUACCCCACCCAUCACCUUUCUCCCACCCGUCACAUCACUCCCAUCCAUCACCGCUACCCCACUCAUCGUCUCACCAGCAACGUCUCAGCUUUGACAUGUCCUUUAAGCAAGCCCGCAUGGAGCCCUCCACGCCUGGGCCUCAUCCUGCUGCCCCUGCUGCUUCUCCUGUUGCUCCUGUUGCUCUUCCUCUUACUGCUCCUGCACCUGCUGCACCUGCUGCUGCUGUUUCUGCCGCUCCUCCUCCUCCUGCUGCUGCUGCUGCUGCUGCGACGAUAACGUGUAGUCAAGCCCGCAGCACGGACGCGUCCAGGCAUACUGGCGCGGCCACGGGUGCUGCUGCUGCUGCUGCUGCUGCUGCUGCGACGCUCCGGGGCGUUCUGUCCCACCAGCGCGAGGGUGGGGCCGGCGUCCCUCACUACUCCCCUCACAUCUUCCCUCACCAAUCGCACCAACGCCCGGCCAUCCUGCAUGCACACCAGCAGGGUGCUGCCGCCAGCAACAUCUCUCACGCCCUCCCCUCCCCACACAGCCUUAGUCUCAGCCUCCCCCCACCGCACGGCAGCACUUCCACGUGGCAGCAGACGCUUGCACGCUCGGAGCAGCAGCAGCAGGAGGAGGAGGAGGAGGAGCCCCAUUCGAGCCAGCCCCAGGGCACAGGAGGCGGGGAUUCAGCAGGCGGUGUGGCAGGCAGAGCGAGAGGCACGGCGCGGAUAAGGCUGGCUUCAACAAGGGCAGCAACCUCCAAGGGCAGCAGUGGCGGUAUGGUGCAACAAGGGGGCAGCACGGCCAACACUGGCAUGGCGCGGCCAUCCAGCAAGGGCAGUGCUGGUGCCGCAGCUUCGGCAACCCCCAAGGGCAGCAGUGCUGGUGCCGUGGCGCAGGGGGCUGCACCUGCAUCCGCUGCUGGGCACACCCUGGCAGAGACUCCUCCUGGCUGUCCUCCUCCUCCGCCUCCUCUUUCCCUGUCCUUGCCCCGUCCUCCUCCCUUUCCCCCGCCUCUUUCCUUGCCUCCUCCUCUUUUCUUGCCUUCUCCUGCUCCCUUCCCGCCCCCUUCCCUCUUGCCACCUCCUCCCACCACAUCUUCUGUCCAGUGUGCGUCCCUGUGGGCUCCCUCACUGCCUGCCACUCGCGCCUCUCUCGAAUGCCCUUCCACCUGUGCCCCGAUUGCCACACCUCACUACGAAGCAGCCUCACCAGCAGCACCAGCAGCACCAGUAGCAUCAGCUCCGGAGGCUAAGCUCUCUGCAGCAGCCGCAGCAGCAGCGGCCGCUGCAGGGCUGCGCUCGCAUGAGCUCUUGCAGCUGUCUUCAAUGGGGGGAGCCGAUCGCCCUUCUGCAGAGAAGAACACGGGAUGGCUGCACGCCUUGGCCUCCAGUAGUCGGAUGGGAGGGGGUCGGGAGGCCGGCACGGCAGGGAUGGAGGGAAACGGGGAGCGGGCGGCUGAUAGGUCUGGGGGGUGUGAUUCUUCUCCUGGGCGUGGCUUGGUGAGAAGGGAGUGUGGGGUGGAAGGAGGAGUGGCAGGUGUGAUUUCUGGAGCGAUUGGACUUGCUGGAGGGGUGGCUAGUCGGGGAGGGGGCAUGGGGGCAGAGGCGGUGGCUGCUGCUGCGCUGUCUGCUAUUCUGCAGCAGGCCAUGCAGGGGGGGAGAGGCGAAGGUGCUGCUGCUGUUGAGGCCUCUCUGCAGUGGCAAACGCACAUGCAAGUCCAGCAGCAGGAGCAGCAGCAGCAGUAG